UUCUCGGGUGAGAGAGUACAGGAUUAGAUCUUUGGUGGAUCUUGUCACACAUACCAGAUCGCACCAGCUGUGUCGGCGGAUCGGCCUUGUUUGACUUGGGGGACUGGUGUGUGGUGCCCUCUUUGUGCCGAAGCGUACUCCUUCAACCAAAAAGCUUGCGUAGCGGCGACUAGAAGAGAGGAUUUGUCACGAUCUUCGUCGAUUUCUCACUGUUACCUCAACCAACAAGAGCCACUAAAUGCCUCCGCGAAUCACUUAGUUUUCUCCUCAUGUAUCGCAGUUUUGAACGUCGACCUUUGCGAGUUUGACGCGAGGCGUAACAAACCACACGUCGAAGGGAUUCGUCGCGAGAUGGAGAGAAGGAAACCCGGGUUAUGCGCGCACGAUGGCUGCGGUAUAUACGGAUCACUCUCGAAACCUGGAGAGAAAAGACGGUUCUGCUUAGGGCACGCACAAGGAGACAUGAUGAAAAUCCACAACAAAAAGUGUCAAGCAUCAGGUUGCAGUAAGCAACCGGUGUUCGGUAAGGAGGGCCAACAGGCGUCCAUGUGCGCGACGCACAAGUCGAACGGGAUGAGGAACGUGAAGAACAGGACAUGUGCCGACCCCUCGUGCAUGAAACAACCGUCAUAUGGCUUCAGUGGGGAGGCAAAGAAGUUUUGUGCGCCGCACAAGCUCGACGGUAUGAUCAACAUCAGGAGUCAGCACAGCCGGCGAUGUUCCUUCCCAGCUUGCACGAGGUCCCCGUUGUCCGGCUUUCCGGGGGGCACAAACCGUCGCUGCUCUCGACACCAGAGGAGGGCAUGAUCGCCGGUCCGACUCGGCAGGUCGGGAGAAAACGCUCAGCCAAGAGCGGGGAACAGAGCGCAAAACCGGUCGUGUCGCCCGCGGCCCCUUCCGACGAAAGCUACGACAACACUGAAGAGGCGGCCAGGGACUGGGGUACGCAGCCUAAGAGGAAACGCGUGGCCGAGACCCCCACCCCCGCCUAUGCCCCCGCCCCCAACGACGCCGAG